AGAACUUGAAAAUAGCAAGUGUGAGAGACAGAGAGAUAAGGAAAGCAGAGGCCUUCGUUCGUGUCCGAUCUCUUUCCCUUGCGGAAUCUCCAAUGUAUUUCGUUUCAUCCCUCUUCCUUUCUUCUCUUGCUUGCCCAAUCGAAUCCGCUAUCUCCCAUAUACAAUUUCUUAAAAUAAGACCAAGGGUAAUCCUUCAUUGCCCACUUGCUUCUUUUUUAUAAUGUUCUUGUUUUUACCCCUUUGAGCUGGGGACAUUGGAAGGAACAGAGCAAAGAGAUUUGACAGAAUUGAACACAGAGGGAGUUGAUGGGGAUCUUGCAUGCGUACGAGGAUGCGGUUCAGAUCAGCGAGUCGGAGAAGGCGAAGGACACGACUGAGAUCACUGUGAGUUGUCCCGACAAGACUGGGCUGGGGUGUGAUUUGUGCAGGGUCAUCUUGCUCUUUGGGUUGAGCAUUACCAGAGGAGACAUGUCAACGGACGGGAAGUGGUGCUACAUUGUGCUUUGGGUGGUGGGGAAACCAACAAGAAGUUGGAGCUUGUUGAAGAAGAGACUGUUGGAGGUGUGCCCUUCAUAUUUUUCUAUGUCAGGAAUUGAGUAUUACAGACCAGAGAUGGAUCAGCCCCAGCUCCAUGAUGUCUUCCUUUUGAAAUUCUGGUGCUCUUGUGACCGUAAAGGUCUAUUACAUGAUGUAACAAGGGUCCUUUGUGAGUUGGAGCUAACGAUAAAGAGAGUGAAGGUGUCCACUGCUCCUGAUGGGAGGGUAAUGGACCUCUUCUUUGUGACAGACUCCAGAGCACUUCUUCAUACUCAGCAGAGACGGGAGGAAACGAUAUGUCGUCUCAGAGAUGUACUAGGGGACUUCAUUCUUAGUUGUGAGAUUGAAAUGGCUGGCCCUGAAGUUGCUGCCUGUUCACAGGGAUCGUUGUUUCUGCCAUCUGCAGUUAUUGAAGACAUGUUCAGCUUAGAACUAGUGAGCGAAAGCCCAACCGGCUCUCUUUUCUCUAAUCCUCUAUCUAUUAUCAUGGACAACUCCCUUAGCCGGUCGCACACGCUGGUUCAGGUCCUUUGUCAGGACCAUAAAGGCCUAAUCUAUGAUAUUAUGAGAACGUUGAAGGAUUAUAACAUCCAGGUAUCUUACGGACGGUUCUGUGAGAAAGCGAAAGGGAACUGCGAGGUGGAGUUGUUCAUGCAAGUGGAUGGCAAUAAGAUAGUCGAUCCAAACAAAAAGAAUGCAUUAUGUUCUCGUCUUAGAAUGGAGCUCUGGCGCCCUCUUAGAGUGGCCGUCGUGAACCGGGGUCCAGACACCGAGCUGCUAGUCGCUAAUCCCGUCGAAUUUUCUGGAAGAGGUCGACCGCUCGUGUUUCACGACAUUACGCUUGCUCUAGAGACUCUCAAUACUCGGAUCUUUUCGGUAGAAAUCGGGAGGCACAUGGUACGCAACCGGGAGUGGGAAGUGUACAGAAUCUUGAUCGACGAAGCCGAUAGCUUGUGCGUGCCCAGAAAGAAGAUUGUGGAAGGCGUGAGAAACAAAUUGAUGGGGUGGGAGUAGGUUGAGAUGUUGAUGUGAGUCAGUUUAUUAGUCUCUCAUCGCAUUAGUGUACAGCAAAUUGCUUUCAGUUUUAGCAUACAAAUCACAUCUAGAUCAUAUAACGAGGCAAUCACUGUAUAUCACGAGAAGCUAGGAGACAGAUCAUGACUAGGCGCUUACCCCCAACUGAGGCUAUUUCCAUCAGAAUACCAGCAUUCGCAUAUCAUUGAUGUAUGUUUUUUACCA